CCACCACCUUACAAAAAGAUUUAGCUUUUCUUUUUUUACGAAAAAUCAGAUAAAAGUUGCAACUCUUUUGCAUAAUCCUCUGUAGCAGAAAUGGCGAAAGAGAACAGUAGUCACCACCUUGCAGAAGCAAAGAGAAAGAGACUCACUUGGAUUCUUUGUGUAAGUGGACUUUGCAUAUUGUCGUAUGUUCUUGGAUCUUGGCAAAACAACACUGUCCCAACUUCUUCCUCUGAGGUUUACUCAAGAAUGGGAUGUGAUGAAACAACAACCACCACUCGGGCUCAGACAAAUCCUUCUUCUUCUUCUUCUGAUGAGAGUCUCUCUUCUUCCUCCUCCUCUUUGUCCUCCUCGGAACCAGUUGGGUUAGAUUUCGAAAGCCAUCACAAACUCGAGCUUAAGGUUACGAAUCAAACCGUAAAGUAUUUUGAGCCAUGUGACAUGUCUUUGAGUGAGUACACUCCAUGUGAAGAUCGAGAGAGAGGGAGAAGAUUCGAUAGGAACAUGAUGAAAUACAGAGAAAGACAUUGUCCUUCGAAAGAUGAGCUUCUUUAUUGUCUGAUUCCUCCUCCACCAAACUACAAGAUCCCAUUUAAAUGGCCUCAGAGCAGAGACUAUGCUUGGUACGACAACAUCCCACACAAAGAGCUCAGUAUUGAGAAAGCUAUCCAGAAUUGGAUUCAAGUCGAAGGCGAAAGAUUCAGAUUCCCUGGUGGUGGCACUAUGUUUCCACGUGGAGCUGAUGCUUACAUUGAUGAUAUUGCUAGACUCAUUCCUCUUACUGAUGGAGCUAUUAGAACAGCUAUUGAUACAGGAUGUGGUGUGGCGAGUUUUGGUGCUUACUUAUUGAAAAGGGAUAUUGUGGCUAUGUCUUUUGCUCCAAGAGACACUCAUGAAGCUCAAGUUCAAUUUGCGUUGGAACGUGGAGUUCCUGCGAUUAUCGGGAUCAUGGGAUCAAGAAGACUUCCAUAUCCAGCUAGAGCUUUUGAUCUUGCUCACUGUUCUCGUUGUUUGAUUCCUUGGUUUCAAAACGAACUCAAACGAGUUCACAAAUCUCCUCCUCUAUGCAGCAAAUCAGACCAACCCGAUUUUGCUUGGUACAAAGACUUGGAAUCUUGUGUAACACCAUUGCCAGAAGCAAACAAUCCAAACGAAUUCGCAGGAGGCGCGUUGGAGGAUUGGCCAGACCGAGCUUUUGCUGUACCGCCUAGGAUAAUCCGAGGUACUAUACCGGACACUAAUGCUGAAAAAUUCAGAGAAGACAAUGAAGUAUGGAAGGAAAGAAUAGCAUAUUACAAACAGAUAAUGCCAGAGUUUUCAAGGGGAAGAUUCAGGAACAUAAUGGACAUGAAUGCGUACCUAGGAGGGUUUGCUGCCGCGAUAAUGAAAUAUCCAUCUUGGGUUAUGAAUGUGGUUCCUGUGGAUGCUGAGAAGCAAACGUUAGGUGUGAUUUACGAACGAGGAUUUAUAGGGACGUAUCAAGAUUGGUGUGAAGGAUUCUCUACGUAUCCAAGAACUUAUGAUUUGAUUCAUGCCGGUGGAUUGUUCAGCAUUUACGAGAACAGUAAAUCUUUGUAGCACAUGUGAAAGUGAUGAUGAAUUACUUUUAACAGAAGAGUCGGAUUUUGGAUCAUGAGAAAGGUCCCUUCAACCCUGAGAAGAUCCUUCUCGCUGUAAAAUCAUACUGGACUGGUCCUUCAUCUUAACUAUUUUGGAACUCUCUAUUCCAAUCUUCUUUACCUUCUCUGUCUCAUUUUUGUUUUAUUGGUUGUGUUUUAAAAAGUUUCUAUGGUUAUUUUGGGAAAUUCAGAGAAAAACAACAUUUGCGAGUAUUUUUCUCUUA